AUGAGUUUUAAUACUCUCAUUUCAGGUACCCAAAAAAAAGUACGUUCUUCUAUAAGUUCUCAAUCAAAAAAAGAUGAAAGUAACGAUGAGAAUAAAACAUUACUUUUGAAAAUCUAUGAAAAACUAAACAAACUCGAAACAGAUUUUGCAGACAUGAAAAAAAGUCAAAGUAGCAUGGAAGUGGAUAUUAAAAAAAUUAAAGAAGAAAUUUGCUUGCUAACGAAUGAUAAAGAAUUUAUUGAAGAUAUAAUCUCAAACGCUACUCAAGAAAUAAUGAAUUUAAAUUUGUACCCUAGUCCUGAAGAAUUUAAAAAAGGGUGUGAAGAAUAUAUAAAAAAUAACCAUACAGAAAUUUACAAUUCAAUCAGUCGUAAAUGGAAUGCAUAUUACUUAAAAAAUAUUCAUACUAAGUUGGGUGAAAAAUUACGUGAAUUCUGA